AUGGAUUGCACUCCUGCUCAGAAGGUUAGAUAUGACACUCAUAUGCUGGCUAAGGAAGCUGAUGAUUGGUGGUUAGAGACGCUUGCUAGGUUGGAGUUUUCAGGUGACGAAGUCACUUGGAAUGUGUUCCGUAGGGAAUUUCUGAGGAAGUACUAUCCUGAAGAUGUUCGGGGUAAGAAAGAGAUAGAAUUCCUAGAGUUGACGCAAGGGAACAAGUUCGUGACUGAGUAUGCUGCCAAGUUCACUGAGUUGAUUAAGUUCUAUCCUCACUUUGAUGGCGAAGGUGCUGAAUUUUCUAAGUGCAUCAAGUUUCAGAAUGGGUUACACUCGGAUAUCAAGAAGGCUGUUGGGUACCAAAAGAUCCGUUUGUUUCCUGAUUUGGUUGACAGUUGUAGGAUCUUUGAGGAAGAUAGUAAUGCUCAUCACAAGAUGGUUAGUGAUAGAAGGGGCAAGAAUCAACAAAGCCGUGGGAAACCGUAUGAUGUUGGUAAAGGGAAACAAAGAGUUAUUCAUGAUGUGGUAAGAUGGGACAUGCAAUGUCUGAUUGCAAGCAUAAGGACAUGGUAUGUUUCACGUGUGGCGAAGAGGGACACAUUGGUAGCCAGUGUCCAAAGAAGAAGGCACAAUCCGAUGGAAAGGUGUUUGCUUUAG